AUGGGGUCUGAAGUGAAUACCGCAGCCCGUGCUGCCCCGCGCAAGCUUACCGGGAAGAAGCAAGAAAUCGAUGCAUUCAUCGAUCAGUUUGAUUACUUUCUAUUCGAUUGCGAUGGUGUCCUAUGGCAAGGAAAUGUCCUUCUCCCGAAAGUCGUCGAGACGCUAGAAAUGCUUCGGAACAAAGGCAAGAAGCUUGUCUUCGUAACCAACAACUCUUCAAAAUCCCGAGAAGCCUAUAGCAAGAAAUUUGCACAAUUCGGCAUUCCGGUACUGGUAGACGAAGUAUUCGGCUCCUCUUACUCCACCGCAAUUGCAAUCUCUCGAGUCUACAAGAUCCCCCCGGGAAAGAGAGUCUUCGUCAUUGGAGAAGAAGGUAUUGAACACGAGCUAGCCGCCGAAGGAAUCUCAUACUUCGGUGGAUCGGCGCCACUCCCUUUCCCCGAAGAAGAUGUAGCAGAACAUGUUGGUCCGGACCCGUCAGUUUGGGCCGUAGUCACCGGUCUGGAUCGCAAGAUCAGUUACGCAAAGUUUGCUAUUGCGGGUGGUUACCUCCAAGAUCCUAAUGUCCAUUUCUUCGCCACGAAUAUCGACUCCACGUUCCCCACGCAUGGAAAGCUGUUACCCGGUGCUGGAACCUGUGCUGCUCCAUUGACCCUUAUGACUGGUCGUACACCUAUCGCCUUCGGGAAGCCGAGUCAAGCUAUGAUGGACAGUAUUGAGCAGAAGUACUCGUUGGACAAGAGUAAGGCGUGUAUGGUCGGAGAUAGGUUGAACACCGAUAUACAAUUUGGACUUAAAGCUGGGUUGAAGGGAACACUCGCUGUUUUGACGGGUGUGAGCAAGGAGGAGGAUAUUCUGAAAGCUGGUGAAAUUGGUGAGGGCCCUGAUGUGUACUUGGAUUGCUUGGGAGAUCUGUUGGGAUAG